AUGAAAACCGGAGCAGAGAACGAUGGCUGGCCAUCUGUUGUGCACCUUCAUGUCCUUAAAAAGUCAGAACCCCGCUUUUGCAUAUUCCAAAAGGUGAAAUCGGUUGACGACGAUCCAGAGAAUGUUCCUGUCUAUCUCAAUGUGUAUGAUUUGACACCCGCAAAUGGUUACUUGUACUGGGCAGGCCUUGGUGUUUUUCACACUGGGGUUGAAGUCUAUGGAGUGGAGUAUUCCUUUGGAGCCCAUGAUUGUCCUACUAGCGGUGUCUUUGAGGUUGAACCUCGGCAGUGCCCAGGAUUCAAGUUUAGGAAGUCAAUAUUCAUGGGAACGACGAAUAUGAAUCCAUUCAAGAUUAGAGAAUUCAUGGAGCAUCAGUCAGCUAACUACCACGGUAAUACUUAUCACUUAAUGAUCAAGAACUGCAACCAUUUCUGUGCGGAUAUAUGCCAAAGGCUCACGGGAAAUUCAAUACCUAAAUGGGUCAAUCGCCUUGCAAGAUUAGGUUCUGUAUGUAACUGCUUACUCCCUGAUGCCCUCAAAACUUCGACCUCUCAAGAGGAUCCCAACUUUGAAGGGCGUGAUAAUAAGAAGAAAACCGCUUUUAGCUGUUUGUCAUCAAUAUCGAGGCCCCAGAAGCUCCAGAGGAAAGAAUCCAAGUCUCCAUUAAUUCAACACUCUCGAAAUAGAAGUUUCCUACGAGCAUGGAAGUCAAGAAAGAGUUCACGCAAGGAAGGAUGAAAUUCUCUUUAGUUCUCUUUCUAGGAAAUUGGAACCACUGUUAAAUGAAGAAAACGUUCUUUACUCUAGGAGUGCAGAAUUGUCUGUCAAAAUUUCUUUUCAUUGUUUGAGCUCAAUGGCUCCUCCUGGCUA